GUAUUGGGUAAAUGUCCAACAGCACCUGAACGCACCACGCAGAACGCGCUCCCCUCGAGUGCUCCGCAGAUCUGUCAGUUGCAGGAUUCUACUCGGAUAGCGGGUCACUGAACGCGUCCGGACGCUGUCAAUCAACAACCGGACCCCCCUCGGUUUGUCUGUUAUCCUCUUACUGCGGGGAAAACACAACCAUUUUAUCCUUUUGCUCCUUUUUUAAAUUUUUUUUUAUUUUUUAUUUGGGGUUCACUCUGUCGCGAUGCACGGGAUAGCUAACAGUUAGCUAGCGUUAGCCGGUGAGCUAAAGGGUAGCUAGCGUUAGCCGUAGAGCUAACGGUUCGCUAGCGUUAGCCGGAGUGCUAACGGUUCGCUAGCGUUAGCCGGAGUGCUAACGGUUCGCUAGCGUUAGCCGGAGUGCUAACGGUUCGCUAGCGUUAGCCGGAGUGCUAACGGUCAUCUGCACCCGCGAACCCGGGUGCGGUUGAAGCGGAGUCCGCGUGCGGUGUGGUCAACAACCCGCAGUAAACAUGGGGAAAAGCAACCGGUUGUUAAACCUCUACCACUAUCUCCAAGACCCCCACCUUGUGGCUCGGUUUCAGCACUUUUGUGGAGUACGCGAGACGUUUUCGGGAACCGUAACCUCCACCACCUCCACCGCGGCGGCGGGAAAGGAAGCAGACCGGACUCAUGAGCACAAUAACGGGGCUUGCCGUCGCCGCGUCGCCGGGGGGGACGACAGCGGAUACCCGGCCGCCAUCGGAGCCGGUGAAGGGGAGAAAGCCCAGACGGCGGCGGCGAAGGGUGUCAGCCAGAGGGUCGCCAGUUCAAGCGUCGCGACGAGCCGAGGGGAAGAAAGUAGAAAUCCGCCCCGGAACGGAGCGCCGGUCUCCGCGAAGACCGCCGCGGGAGAAGCGGUCAGUGCGGGCAGGAACGGACGAAGUUCCUGCCCGCCGGACCUUACCGGCGCCACCGAAUCAGAAGAGCCGGGCAACGAAAAAGCCCCGGGGAGCAGCGGCACGGUGAAACCCCUCCGGAAGAACUCUCUGACGGGCGACGCCGGGCAGGAGUUCCUCAUCCAGAACCGGUUCCUGUACUACGCCUUCACGCUCGGAACCGAGCUGGGCAACGAGCUGUUCUACAUCACCUUCUUCCCCUUCGUCACGUGGAACGUGGACGCCUUCGUGAGCCGCCGGCUGAUCAUGGUCUGGGUCUGGGUCAUGUACCUGGGCCAGUGCACCAAGGACCUGCUGGGCUGGUCGCGGCCCGCCUCGCCGCCCGUGAUCAAGGUGGAGAUGUUCUACAACUCCGAGUACAGCAUGCCGUCCACGCACGCCAUGUCGGGCACGGCCAUCCCCUUCUCGCUGUUCUUCAUGACCUACGGCCGCUGGGAGUGAAACGCAGCUCGCUGUGAGGGCAACACGGAUGGUACAGCGUAUGCCAAUGGAAAGGAAACUUGCUCCAACAUCGCCUCGUUUUGUCCCAACAACGUACAAAAACAAAUUCUGACAUUCUCUUCACGAGACUUCACUCAUCAGCACUCUUGUUAAGUUAAAUUCCCAUCAUGCCUUGCAAAGGUCUCCAGAUGGAUGGUCUGCGUGGGCGAGAUUCUUUAACACUGAUUCAGGGAUUUUCUACUCGUCGUGACCUCUGUCCACAUAACUGUCUCCUCCUUGAUGGUCCAGGGCUCACACGCAUCCUUAAAACACUCGUUGGAUCAAUUGAGUGAAUUGUGUAAAAAGAAAGCCUUCACUUUACGUGUUUAAAGUGAAUCUUAAGUUUAAAAAAAUACUUGAGAUGAACUCGACAAACUGCCCGUCCUCUGGGCUUUUCUCACAACUUUUAAACAAAAUGUUUCCCGGCGUGGCCUCCAACUCAAAGCCAUGGUUGCUCUGCUAGUGGAGGCACGUGGGAGAGCAACUACAGCUCAUUGAUUAGAUAGAAUGAGAUUUAUGGUCCAUCUCACAUCGGCCUGUAACAUUUCCUGAAUAAUCCGUCGCUCUGGUCUUGCUCUUCUUCUUCGGUUGAGUCUCUGAGCUGUUUUCAUUUCUAAGAAGCCAUUGAACUUUGAAUUUGGUACACACAUGAUUUAAAGUGGCGCCUUUGUGCUUUUCUUUGUGGAGAAAGUCAAUUGAACACAUCUGCUGAAGGGGGAGAAGCUCUUAAGCAGAGUACAGCCUUAAAAUGACACAACUAGCACUACAUUACCAGCAUUUCUAAUUGGAUUGAGAUUGCAGGCUGUCCCACAUGUCCCCCUCGGCUUGCUGUAGUUUUUCAGCUGGCUUGUCUCAGCAGAAGCAGGAAUGUUUGGACCGAGUCCUCCUGCAGCUCCGACAUUAACCACAGCCACAUGUCUCUCUGUGGAAGAUACUGGUAAUAAGGACGGAGAGGAAA